GAUGUUAUAUAUAAGAUUAAUAUUUACAUUAUUCCAUCAUUAAAAACUUUACACUCUAUGAAUGCAUGAGCUGAAUAAUAUAGUUGAAUAUUUACCUUAAUAUUUUUUUAGUUUUCUUAUGGAGAAUAUUUCAUUCAUCAGAGGGUUUCCUGAUCAGGAAAUAAUGGAGGAUCCUUCUUUCUGUCUUCAUCAAUGGAAUUUAAACUCUAUUGAUGAGACUAACUCACUGCCAAUAGCUUCUGCUUUUGGAGACACUUUGCAACAUCAUUCAUAUGUUUAUCCAAACUUCAACCUCAGAGCUUCGGUUGAAACUGAUCAGACGCCAGAGACUCAAUUUGUUUCGUACCAGAACCUUCUUUCGUAUGUCGAUUCAAAUCAUUUUAAUCAGCUGGGAUUAGUGAAGCCUAAGGAUGAGAGUGUUUGUCCUCGAAACAAUAACUCAAUUUCUGACGCGGUCUCUCAAGGAAUCAUGGAGGCUCAAAGGAUAUCGACACGUCCUAAAGUCACUCUACCUCAGGACCAUAUAAUAGCGGAGAGAAAGCGGCGAGAGAAGCUCAGCCAGCGCUUCAUUGCUCUUUCUGCGCUUGUUCCCGGACUACAAAAGAUGGACAAAGUUACUGUUCUUGGAGAUGCUAUCAAGUACUUGAAGAAACUGCAAGAGAAGGUGAAGGCUCUUGAGGAGGAACAGAACAUGAAGAAAAACGUAGAAUAUGUGGUGGUUGUGAAGAAAUCUCAACUAAGCAAUGACGUUGAGAAUUCUUCUGCGGAAUCUGGUGGUCUCUUCAACGAGGAACUGCCAGAAAUUGAAGCAAGGUUUUGUGAUCGAAAUGUACUCAUAAGAAUUCACUGUGAGAAAAGCAAAGGAGCUUUGGAAAAAACAAUCCAUGAAAUUGAGAAACUGCGUCUAAAAGUCAUCAAUAGCUGUGUCAUGACAUUUGGGAGCUGCGCACUUGAUAUAACAGUUAUUGCUCAGAUGGAUAUGGAAUUCUGCACGACAGUGAAGGAUCUUGUGACAAACCUACGCUCCGCUUUUGCAUCGUUCAUCUGAGGACUUUCUGUUAGUUCAUACUGAACAUAUCCCAAAAGAAUAAGAAUAUAUAGAAGAUACUGUCAACUAUAUAUAUAAAAGUGUUUUAAGUUUCAAUUCUUCAGUGAUAUUUCUUUUUACAAGCCCUGCAAUGUCAACUAUCUCAUCUACUCCAAGUGUGCUCUAUGGUUCAUUUGGGAAAGGGUUUUUUUCUGGUUAACUUGUUGACCAUGUUACGACUUACGGCUACUCUCUCCUAAAAGUCAUAUAAAAGGGACAUUGGAUUUUUGUGUGCCUUUGACUAACAGGCCUUUGUUUUGUAAGUCUCUUUCUGUUUCAAGCAAAAUAUGGUUGAUUAAUAAAACUUGUAUGGUGUUUGAACACUUUGCCAAAGGCUUGUAAGUUCAAACCUCCUGCAAAGUAUGUACCUAAAUAUAUAUACACUUAAAAUGUUUGAUUGGUUUUAAUGGAAUAAUCGUAUAUUUUA